AUGGAGCCCAUGCACGAAGUGGAAAGUCCGGGCUACGUCACUGGCAACGCACCUUCUGGCAAUAGAGAAGGGAGUAGCCGUGAAAAUAUUAUUGAGACCGCCAGAUCUCAUGGAAACGAGGACUCUGCAAAGCAAAAAGCGAACAAGUCGAAGCAUGAAACCGGGUGGCGCUACAUCGUGAGGAAUUUCACCCCAGCCUGGUUUUCUGUGAACAUGGGGACAGGAAUCACCUCAAUUCUCUUGAAUACGUUGCCUUAUAACGGAAGAUGGCUCUACUGGAUAUCAGUUGUGAUUUUCUGCCUGAAUGUACUCAUUUUCGGCAUCUUCCUCACCAUAACAGUUUUGCGCUAUCUCCUUUAUCCAGAAAUAUUCAAGGUCAUGAUCACCCACCCGGCCCAAUCGAUGUUUCUUGGAACAUUUCCCAUGGGAUUCGCUACAAUCAUCAACAUGUUCUGUUUUGUUUGUGUGCCGGCAUGGGGGCCUUGGGCGGCUUAUUUUGCCUGGGGGAUGUGGAUUGUGGAUGCUAUUGUUUCCAUUUUGACAUGCUUCGGGGUACCUUUCAUUUUCAUGACCCGAUCAUCUAAAGUGGAGUUACAAGAAAUGGGUGCUGCUUGGCUCCUUCCAAUCGUAUCCUGCGUCGUCGCAGCUGCGACAGGAGCUAUUGUCGCAGAUGUGUUGCCGAACCCGCAAUAUGCCUUAGGAACCAUUUUGACAAGUUUUAUUUUGUGGGGCGUUGGGGUGCCGCUUGCAAUGGUUGUGAUUGUCAUCUAUUUCAUGCGCCUGAUGCUACACAAAUUGCCCCCCGUAGGGCUAAUUGUCAGCUCAUUCCUCCCCCUAGGACCACUUGGACAAGGCGGCUUUGGGAUUCAAAAGUUGGGACUUGUAGCGCAAAAGAUAUUCCCUAUGACGAAUACGCUUCGAGCGGGUUCUGGCGAAGUCUUUUAUGAUAUCGGUUUCCUCAUGGGUCUUCUACUAUGGUCCUUUGGAUGCCUUUGGCUAUUCUUCGCCACAUCCGCCAUUAUUCGCUCAAGAAAGUUCCCCUUCAACCUCGGCUGGUGGGCAUUUACUUUCCCUCUAGGUGUAUUUACUACGUGUACCACUCAACUGGGUCGGGAAAUGCCCUCAAGGUUCUUCCGAGUGCUAGGUACAAUCCUGUCCGUCUGCGUUUUGCUUCUUUGGAUCCUAGUUUCUAUUUUCACGGUCAAGGGAAUAGUUAACCGAAGCCUAUUUGUGGCCCCUUGUUUAAAGAAUCUUCGUGAUCCGGAGCAGACAAAGAUCGAAAAGCAGAAAGAACACGCAUAA